CAGCAGAGGGCCAACUGAAAAGACUCUUAGUGAACUGCCAAUCUAAACGGCAUUUUUGGCUAUCAGCGUUUUUAUGCACCAGAUGCAGAAGUUAAUUCGCGCGCAUAUUAUGCACAAAAAGGCUUUUAAAACACAACCAUCGACUGAACGUUUUCCUGACAGAUGAAAUGUGGAUUUAUCAUAAAGUAGGAUAAAAAUGGAUGCAGUGAUAUAAUUAGCUAUGAUGUAAAGCUUAUAACUCAUCUACUUUACCGGAUAUUUUAGCCAAGGCUCCAGGUAGUGUGAAUAAAACCCAGUACAGUAGGUGUGUGUGUGUGUGUGUGUGUGGAUCCAUCGGGACGCGCCUCCUCUCGACCUCUGAUAGGCGCAGCCGAGCGUCUCAUCCGCCUUUUAGGAACCUUUGAGUUCACAGGGAUUCAGCUCGGACGUGUCAUGGGUACAGACAACUGAAAGGACACUAUUGAUAUACAUGACUCUCUUCGGUUCUUGCCAUGCAGGGAUAAAUCUGCCGUUCUAAAAGUUUGACUACAGUCGUUUGAAUCAUUUUCGGUGCCGUGUUGGAUCUGGGUACCUGCUCAUGUGAGUUUUCCUCCAGCUAUGGAACCCUGGCCUCUCAUGGCCUGGGGCCUAAUGCUGACCACCAUCAUCAAAGCGGUUCAAUCGAGGGACUUCACAGAAAAAGAUAUUAUUUUUCUCCAUCCCUCAACAACUCCAUAUCCAGGAGGCUUUAAAUGUUUUACUUGUGAAGAUGAACCUGACAACUAUGAAUGCAACCGCUGGGCUCCAGAUCUCUACUGUCCACGAGAGAGCAGAUAUUGCUACACACAACAUAAGAUGAGCUGGGAUGGAAACACAGUGUCGGUGACAAAGCGUUGUGUGGCGCUGGAAGACUGUUUUGAAACAGGGUGCUCUGAGAUGGACCAUGAAGGAAACAAGGACAGGACAGGAGUUAUGCAGAGGGCAGAGGGCAGGGGGCAGAUGUGUGCACAUCCUGUUGUGAGGGGAACAUCUGUAACAUGCCCCUCCCACGAAACGAGACUGAUGCCAUUUUUGCCACCACGUCUCCUAUUAACGACAGCAUUCAACCAGCACAGAGUCCCACGCUGCUCCUCUCUGUCUGUAUCAUCAGCCUGAUGCUCCACAGUAUUAACUGAGACAAUCAUCCAGAGCAGAAUACACCUUAACAGCAGUAAUUUAGGAAACCAUUGACUCGUGCCAGUCAGCUUUUCUCAAAAUGAAGUGUUAAUUCUUGGACUUUUUAUUUCCUAUGAAUACAUUUUUAUGAAUCAUAUACUAACGUUUGGUUUCGCUCAAGCUGAGUGGACUUGUCUAAUAGUCAGUUUUUCGUGAUUGAUGUGGGAUGGGGAUAUUUAUGGCAAAACUGACACAAACCUGCACAUUUUUUGUUUUGAAUUGAUAUGAGUUGUUUUAUACAUUUGUAUAGAUAUUUAUUUUUUUAUCAUCCAUUUUUGUUGGAAGCUGAACUGUUGGCUGUAGGUAUGAACAUAGUUUUAGGGGUCAAGCUACAUGAGUUUUCCACCCACCCCUCUCAUUGUGAGAGUAUUUUUGUCAUCAUGGAAAAGGGCUUGGCACCUAUAGGAACCAGCAUUCCUCGCUCCUAUAAAAAGAACAUUCUCUGUUAGUUUUGCACUGUGUAUUUGUGUCAUAACACUACAUGUAUUCCUAAAGCACUUGUGUACAGAUUGUCAUGUAAAAGUGUAGUGACUAGCAUUGAACGUCCAUAUAGCCUACAGUGAAGGGCUUUAAUAUUAUUAUAUAUACAUAUGUAUGUUCCUACACAUUUGUCAGUCCAUUGUUGUGUACUGUAAUAUUUCCUAAUCAUAAUUCCUGGCUGACUGUGCAAUCGGCAAAAAGUGUUGAGUCUGCAGCGACAGUGUUAUUUUUUUCAGGCGUUAUUAUGAUUUGUUUAGGCGAUGUGCCCGGCUGUAAAUGAAGCUAUAUCCUGUUUCUUCUCUGUCUUUUGUUGAGUUAUGAAAAGUAUUGUAACAUUCACUGAAAUCAUUUUGUUCACUUCAGUACAAUAUAAAGGGCAUGGUGAUCACAGAAGGGCUCAAAACCUUUACUCAGGUAAUUAUGGACCAGUUAGUGCCAGUUUAGAAACACACAAAACCUUUAUCCUGAGUAGACCCGGCCGAACAAUCUGAGGUCAUAUGCAUUUAACAUAUCUCUGAAUGUGCUUAUGUAAAAUCAGCUCUCAUUAGCUCAGAUUUAUAACAUUACAUGUACAUAAAAAGGUUUUUAAAAUCAGUUUUUACUCUCAUCUUUAAUAUAUAUAAAAAAAAAAUAAUACAAAUUUGUAGUAGGGUUGCAUGAACUUUUUAUACUUACAAAAUUGUGAAUGCUGCAUGCCAUCGUGUGCCAAGGCUUCUUAUAAAUGUAGAUAUUUUUUUCUACGCUUGUUUGUAAUAUCCCUGUAUAUUCUUGUGUACAUAAUUUUGGAUAUGUUUUUAAAUCACACCUUUGGAGUACAUUGGUAACACUUGUGUGGUCUCUUACCUGUGUUGUAUGUAUUAAAUUUAAAUGUUUACUGAUGUUUUGUUUACUGAUAAUAAAAACAAUAUUCUGAAGAAA